CCAGUGGAAUGCUACGUGUCUUGAGGUCUUUCAACAGCCCUUGUUCUUAGAUGACUAUCGUCAAAGUUGUCAAGUAACUCGAGCGAGGCGACACAUUCCUACCGGUUAUUGGAGCUUAUACUCUCCGGGUCAACAGUCCAUUGGGGUUAACCUUAGCCUAGUGCAUGAUGUUGGGUGUCAAAAAGCAGCAGACGGAUUUGAACAGAUCCACCAAUGUAGUGUUUCAGGCCCACCAUGUGACCCGGAGCAAGAGAGGUCAGGUGGUGGGCACCAGAGGAGGCUUCAGGGGUUGCACCGUCUGGCUCACAGGUUUGUCUGGUGCUGGGAAGACCACCAUAGCCUUUGCCCUGGAGGAGUAUCUGGUGUCCCACGGCAUCCCCUGCUACUCACUGGAUGGGGACAACAUCCGCCAUGGCCUCAACAAGAACCUGGGCUUCACAGCCACUGACCGUGAGGAGAACAUCAGACGUAUUGCUGAGGUGGCCAAGUUGUUCGCAGACGCUGGCCUCGUCUGCAUCACCAGCUUCAUCUCUCCUUACACCAAGGACCGUGAUGAUGCGAGGAAGAUCCUUGAGAGUGCUGGGUUACCCUUCUUUGAGGUGUUCAUCAACGCUCCUCUAGAGGUGUGUGAGAGUCGCGAUGUGAAGGGCCUCUACAAGAAAGCCCGUGCUGGAGAGAUCAAAGGCUUCACUGGGAUCGAUGCAGACUACGAGCAGCCCGAGGCUCCGGAGUUGGUGCUGAAAACAGGAGAGAUCACCGUUAACGAGUGCAUCCGGCAGGUUGUGGACCUGCUUAGAGAGCAGAGUAUUGUUCCAAGUGGAAUCACAGAGGAGGUGAAUGAACUCUUUGUUCCGGAGAACAAGCUGAAGCUGGUUCAGGUCGAUGCUAUCACACUUCCCACAAUCAGCAUCACCAAGUUGGACCUCCAGUGGGUGCAGGUGCUGGCUGAAGGCUGGGCCACCCCACUGAAGGGCUUCAUGAGGGAGAGGGAGUUCCUCCAAGUGCAGCAUUUCGGCAACCUCCUCGACGAUGGAACCAUCAACCAGUCUAUUCCCAUCGUCCUGCCUGUUACCACGGAAACCAAGCAGAGGCUGGACGGCUGUGCGGCGGUAGCUCUGGAGUUCCAGGGAACCCUCGUGGCCAUUCUAAGACAACCAGAGUUCUACGAACACCGCAAAGAGGAGCGCUGUGCCCGUCAGUGGGGUACCACCUGCCCCCAGCACCCCUACAUUAAGAUGGUGAUGGAGGGAGGUGAUUGGCUGGUGGGUGGCGACCUGGAGGUGCUGGAGCGAAUCAGAUGGAACGAUGGGCUGGACCAGUACCGCUUUACUCCACGGGAGCUCAAGCAGAAGUUUAAAGAAAUGAAAGCAGAUGCCAUCUUCGCCUUCCAACUGCGGAAUCCGGUCCACAAUGGCCACGCCCUGUUGAUGCAGGACACCAAGCGCCGUCUCCUGGAGCGGGGCUACAAGCGACCCGUCCUCUUGCUGCACCCGCUGGGGGGCUGGACCAAAGACGACGACGUGCCCCUGGACUGGCGCAUGAAACAGCACGCUGCAGUACUGGAGGAGGGGGUACUGGACCCCACCAGCACCAUAGUGGCUAUUUUCCCAUCCCCCAUGAUGUACGCUGGACCCACUGAGGUCCAGUGGCACUGCAGGGCGCGGAUGAUCGCCGGAGCUAACUUCUACAUUGUGGGUCGUGACCCUGCGGGCAUGCCCCAUCCCGAGACCAAGCAGGACAUUUAUGAGCCCACCCAUGGGGGUAAGGUCCUCACCAUGGCCCCCGGCCUCACCUCUGUAGAGAUCAUCCCCUUCAGAGUGGCCGCCUACAACAAGACCAAGAGUGCCAUGGAUUUCUACGACAAGGACCGACACGCUGAGUUUGAGUUCAUCUCUGGCACCAGGAUGAGAAAGCUGGCGCGGUGCGGGGAUAACCCCCCAGACGGCUUCAUGGCCCCUAAGGCCUGGAAGGUCCUGACUGAGUACUACAGCUCCAUACAGAAGGACCAGUAACCCAAAGACCAGAGCUCUUAGAAGGGCAACAGCUCUAGUCCUCAAGGAAUGUUCUAGUUUGAUGUUGUUAUGUGUAAGUUAUACGUUUCAUUUCAUUAUCCCAGUAGAUGAUUCAGUGAGUAAGGAAUCCAUUAAUGACUGAAAUCAAGUGAGACCAAAGCAGUCCUGGAGGAUUGGAGUUGUGUGCCUAUCUUCAUUGAAGGAAAACCUAUGUGAUGUCAGAGGAGCUAGUGGUUGGGUUUAAGCAGUGAAAACAUUCCUAUUUUUGUCUAUGUAUCUGUAAAUCAUUAUAUUUAAAGAAAAUGUAUACAUAUAUGAAAUAUAUUUAAUCUUUAGAGACUAACAUGUAUUCCAUGAUUUUAAAAUGUCCCCCACUCUUCUUAUUUUGUGAGAUCAUUAUACAGGAAGUUAUUGAUAGCUUUACCUCCCAAAAGCAUUUUUGGAUAUUUAAAGACGUGCCAUUUAUGAUGAUGCAGUAAAUAAGUUGCAGGUGAUAUUUAAUUAAAUUUUAACAUUUUACUACCUACCUAUUUCUAUUCCAGAUGAUUGAUUUAUCAUUGUUAUCAGAUUUAUUUUUCUUGUAUUUUCAAACAAAGCUUUUCAUCUUCCAAACAUAAGUGCCUUUUCUUCAGAAUGUAAACACUGUUUAACUACUGUACUGUAUAAAAUGUCCCUUCAUGUUUCUAAGAAGUUUGAUAUGAAGAACCAUAAAUAGCGUUAUGAUCAUCAAUAACUCUUGUAUGAAAGAUGUAAGCCAACUGUAAAGUAUAUGUGAAGAUUCAAAAUGUCAGUGGAGAAAUUGUGUGAAGAAUGACAUUUUAUAGAAAAAAUCAUUAAAACUGUAUUUAUUGCAUCAAACCAGAAAACUGUCUCAAAUGGAAUAGUGUAUAAACAAUGUAUAUGUCCAUACAUGAAUGUAUCAGACAAGAUUUUAAAUAAAUAUUUUCUUCUCAUCAAAAUCA